AUGGCGUGGAAGUCAUUUGAUGAACUUCAUCCUUCAUUUGCGUCAGAGCCUCGUAAUGUCCGACUUGGACUUGCUAGUGAUGGAUUUCAGCCAUUUCGAAAUUCAAAAACCUCAUAUAGCAUUUGGCCUGUGGUUCUUAUUCCUUAUAAUUUACCACCUUGGUUGUGUAUGAAACAAGAAAAUUUUAUUUUGUCAAUGCUUAUUCCUGGUCCAAAUAGUCCAGGAGAUGCAAUUGAUAUAUAUCUUCAACCUUUAAUAGAAGAAUUGAAGGAGUUGUGGGAAGUUGGCAUUGUGACCUUUGAUGCAUCAUCUAAACAGAAUUUUAAGUUGCAUGCUUCUUUGUUAUGGACCAUCAAUGACUUUCCAGCCUAUGGAAAUUUAUCUGGAUGGAGUACAAAAGGAAAGUUGGCAUGCCCAUAUUGCAAUAAAGACACCUCGUCAAUUCGAUUGGCUAAUAGUAAGAAGCAAUGCUUUAUGGGUCAUCGACACUACCUUCCUCUUAGCCACAAAUGGAGGAAUGACAAGGAUUCAUUUGAUGGUACAAAAGAGAAAAGGCUCCCACCAAAAAUGCAGUCUGGUAUUGAGAUACUUAAUCAAGUGCAAGAUCUUGAAGGGAUACAGUUAACAAAUGAUCCAAAGAAAAAGAAGAAGAUAUCACAUGAAAAUCGAAAGGAUAAUUGGAACAAGAAAAAUCACAAGAUAUCUGGGUUGAAAAGUCAUGAUUGCCAUGUUCUUCUGCAACAUAUACUCCCCCUUGCACUUCGUGGUAUGUUAUCCAAAGAAGUGUGUGAGCCGCUUAUUGAGUUAUCUUUAUUCUUUAAUGUGCUUGGAUCAAGGGAGUUAAGGAUUGAUGACUUGAAACAAAUUGAAGCGCAAAUUCCCAUAACGCUUUGCAAGUUAGAAAAGGUCUUCCCUCCUUCAUUUUUCGAUGUCAUGGUGCACUUGCCUAUUCAUUUAGCUAGUGAAGCUAAGAUUGCUGGACCUAUUCAUUAUCGGUGGAUGUAUCCUGUGGAACGAUGGUUAUAUUUUUUGAAAUCUCUGAUUGGUAAUAGGGCAUGUCCAGAAGGCUCUAUUGCAGAGGGCUACAUUGCUAAUGAAUGUAUGACCUUAUGUUCACGAGAGUUUGCACAAACUCAUGUGGAUACUGCGCAGCACUUGUCUGAUGCAGAAUGGAACCGACAAUUUAUUGACUGGUUUAAAGUUAGGGUUGCACAAUUGCAUAAAGAAGAUGAUAGUCAGAUCAUGGAAGAUCUGCUCUCACUUUCACGUGGUCCUACCCAAUAUACGACAUAUUUUAAUGGUUACAUUGUUAAUGGAUAUAGAUUUCAUGUAGAAGAUUAUGAUAAAAAUUUAAGGACUCAUAAUUGUGGUGUUGUUGUGGUUGGUGAGAAUGAUAAAGAUAGAGAGAACAUUGAUUACAAUGGAAUUUUAACAGAUGUGAUUGAAUUGCAAUUUCUCAUGGGUAGAAGAGUGAUUUUAUUUCGAUGUAAUUGGUUCAAUAUGAAACCAUCAAAGAUUGAAAAUGAUGUGGACUCAAAUAUGAAGAGUACAACCAGAUAUGCGUUCGUCCCGCCGGCUGCUAUAAGAAAGGGACAAGGACGAGGACGAGGACGAGGGCUUAGAUCUUUGGUUGAGAAAGAGAAUAUGCCAAUUAAGAGUUUAUUUCCUCAAUCUAGUGAUCUUGUUAAGCAAUACAUCCAAACAAUUGAAACAAGUGCUGUUGGGAAGGGACGAGGACAAGGGUUUAAAAGCUCUACCAUGUCUGCUAGUCAAGGACCGGGAACGAUACGUAAAGACUCUAUCGUUCUUGAGAAAGAGUAUAUGCAAAUUGAUAGUCCAUUGCCUCCAUCUACUGAUCAAAUUAAGCAAUACACCCAAAAAGUUGAAGCUAGUUUUUGUCCGUCUCUAAAAGAUAAUUUAGGACCAGUUACAGUUCGUCGCUACGGACAUUUCACGAUGGAAAUAUAA